AUGCCUCCCGUACCAGUGACGUCGAACGCCUCAAGUACUUGCUAUAAUCGGGCGUCAAUGUCAAUGCGUGGGACCAGUGGGAUUCCGUUGCCUUGUACUACGCUUGCUUCGUGUCGCUAUGCCGCUUUGAAUUUGAAGGUCAAGAAGUUAUUGAAGGCUUUUGAGGCUAGGCCGCCGCCCUUGACACCGUUGCAAGCCGCCUUGAGAGACACUUUGUUUAGCUGCAAGGCGAAUAGGGUUUAUUUGGAAGAGAGUGAGGCGAUUUAUCAUGUUUCAGUUUGUGAUGACUUUGUGUUGCGUGUAAAGUUAUUGGAGUUGCAUUUCAAAUUGAUCCAAUAUGAGCUUAGUAGUGUUUUGGUGGGGGAGGUGAUGAAUAGACGUAUGGAGGAGGUGGAGAGUGAGUUGGGGGAGGAGGAGGUGAGGCGUAAUGGUAUGGAGGAGGUGGAGAUUUCUUUGGUGGAGGAGGAGAUGUGUAGUGGUAUGGUGGAGGGGGAGAUUUCUUUGGAGGAGGAGGAGAUGAGUAGUCGUAUGGAGGUGGUGGAGAAGUGUAGUGAUAUGGUGGAGGGGGAGACUUCUUUGGAGGAGGUGGAGAUGAGUAGUGGUAUGGAGGUGGUGGAGACUUCCUAG